UCCCCUGCGCCCGAGCCCAGUCGCCGCCGGAACUGCGGACGCGGGGUCGGGUUUCCGGCCGGACCCAGGAGGGGAAGGGGCGGGACUGGGCUGCUGCGUGCGCGCGUGUUUCCGGUGUCGAGGCGGGCUCCAGUCCUAGCCCCGCCGCGCGCCCACAGCCGGAUGCCGCCUGGAGGCGCCCCGGGAACAGAGUCCGGCUCCAGCGCGGGGUGAGCGCGUGAGGGCCCAGGCCGGGCGCCCCGAAUCCUGGGGUGCGGCGUCAGCCAGCGGCCCCGCCCCUCGCAGUCUUAUCACAGAAAAAGAAAACAGCAGAAAUGUUGCGCAGGCCGAUAAUACAGGUACUUCGUCAGUUUAUAAGGCAUGAGUCUGAUUCAGCCACCUCCUUGAUACUUGAAAGAUCCCUGAAUCGUAUCCAGUUACUCGGUCGAGUAGGACAGGACCCUGUUAUGAGGCAAGUGGAGGGAAAAAAUCCAGUUACAAUUUUUUCUCUUGCAACCAAUGAGAUGUGGCGAUCAGGGGAAAGUGAGGUGUUCCAGGCAGGUGAUAUCACCCAGAAGACAACGUGGCACAGGAUUUCUGUGUUUAGGCCAGGCCUGAGAGAUGUGGCAUAUCAGUAUGUGAAGAAGGGUGCUCGAAUCUAUGUGGAAGGGAAGAUAGACUACGGUGAAUAUACAGAUAAAAACAAUGUGAGGCGGCAGGCCACAACAAUCAUAGCAGUUGUUCCCGAAGUGCAGUGUUCUUGCGGUCAUAAGCCUACUUGGUCAGAUAGCCCAGCACAUACUACACUGUGAUAUUGACCCUUGUUAUUGGCACACUUUCAGAGAGCCUGCCUAUAACAUUAUUUUUCUGAGCGACCAUGUCAAAGAGAAGGUGUGAGAUGUUUAGUGCUUGGACCUAUGCUAUUCCUUUCAUUUUAUAGUAUUUCUUAAUUCUGAAAUCAUGCAUAUUGCUGUAUUUUCUGUAAACAAAUUAAAACACCCUUAUGUGAAUAAAGAA